AAACAAAUUCUACCGUGAGAUUAUGUGUAAAUUUUUUUGUGUGGUUAUUAAAAAUUAUAUUAUUUUUUUCAUAUUGUGAAAAUAUGGAAGCAAGCAUUUAAUUCAUGUAAUUAUAUGAAGAUAUGAUUUGAACAUUUUCUGUAUAUAUUAUUAAAGAUCUAAUAUUGGCCGAUACUUAUAAAUUAAUAACUUUAAGACAAUAAGAAAGAACGUAAAAGUCCAUUACGUGCUUAUGAAAACUUUAUUUAAGUAUAAUUUUUUCCUAACCGAUGCAACCCUGCUGAACUUUUUGUAUAUUCGCCAUUUUUGGGGAAAUUCUAUACAUCUGUCUCGUUCAUGUCCAUGAGCACAAGGUGAAAGACGACCAUAUUGAAUUUUCAUAAAUUAAAAUAGUGACGCGUCGAGAUUUCGUUGUGUAGAAAAGUUAAUAUUUAUUAUGGAAAAAGUGAAAAUUUUCUUACAAAAAUAUUAAAAAAAUAUAGUUGAAUACACAUUUAAUACGAUAGUGAUAAAAGUAAGUAGCGGAAAAGUUGGAAAGUGCGCAAAUAUUGGAAGUGAAAAAUUGUCAGCGGAGAGCUAGUUGAAAGUUUCCAUGCAUAUAUAUUUCACAAAAGUUGAAGAAGAAGCAAUAGGCAAUUAAAAAGUUAUAUGAGCAUAGAAAAGUAGCACAGAGGAAAGAAAGAAAGAAAUAAGUGUUCGAGAAGGCAAAGGAGAAGAAGCGAAAGCAACUCGUGAAAAAAGCCAAACAAACGCACCAGGCAUACGUGCUGCUGCGUGGCGUGUUAGUUUGUAGAAAGCAAUCACUUUGGAGGUGCGGUGUACAACAAAACUAACUUCUGCUUUAGAGCAAAACGUUAAUCAAAGAAAAAUUAAAAACUUUAUAAACUAGUUUUGUGGCACGGUAUUUGCCUUCUGUACUGUAAUGAGUGUCGCUGCAAUGACUAUGGACGAUCAAAGACCUUUGAUGAACAGUUACGAUAAAAUGUCGAAACAAUAUGAACAAAAUUUGCAUGGUAGUACCGGAGUGGGCGGUGGGGGUGGCGGCAAUGGUUUAGGUGCUGGCGGUGCACCACCGUCUGGACCUGCCUCGCCAACGCCAUCCGGUAGCGAAGAGCCUUCGCAUCAGUACCAUCAUUCACAUCAUCAUCAUUCUCAUCAUCAUCAUCAUCAUCAUUCGCGGCAUAUGCAUCAACUUGUGGAACAUCAGCCACCAUCGCCGCCGCCAACUCAGCAACAGCAACAACAUGUGCACCAUCAUAGCCAACACCAUCAGACUCAACAGCAGCAGCAACUUCAACAGCAGCAGCAACAGCCAAGCUCUGUCGCUGAGGCCGUUGCUGCUGCCGAACAUCGUCAGCGGUUGCUCGAAGAUGAAAUUGAAAAUCUCAAGUUGGAACAGACGCGCCUAUCGCAGCAAUGCGUUGAUGCACAACGUCGCGAAAAAAUACUCAUGCGCCGUUUGGCCAAUAAGGAGCAAGAAUUUCAGGAUUAUGUGAGCCAAAUUGCCGAAUAUAAAGCAGCACAGGCACCUACUGCAUUGGCACUGCGUGCAGCUUUGCUUGAUCCAGCUGUUAAUUUGCUUUUUGAGAAGCUCAAGAAAGAGCUAAAGGCUACCAAAGCAAAGUUGGAGGAAACCCAAAAUGAAUUGUCCGCUUGGAAAUUCACACCAGAUUCAAAUACAGGCAAACGUUUGAUCGCCAAAUGUCGUUUGUUAUAUCAAGAAAAUGAGGAACUGGGUAAAAUGACUUCGAACGGUCGUUUGGCCAAACUAGAGACUGAAUUGGCCAUGCAAAAGAGUUUUUGCGAAGAAGUAAAGAAGUCACAAUCAGAGGUCGACGAUUUUCUACCCGAAUUAGACGAAGAUGUUGAAGGCAUGCAAAGUACAAUCUUAUUUCUGCAGCAAGAACUGAAGACCACCCGCGAUCGCAUACUAACGUUGGAGAAGGAGAAUUUUCAAUUGAAAACUGGUAGUUUGGACAAUGAGAAUACUAUAAAAGUCGCAGAUGCAGAAGUUACUGAUGCCAAUAUCCCUGCUCUGCACAGUAGCCACAAUGGCGCUGUUGCUCCUUGCAACAUAACAGUAAAUGUUGCCGAAACCUGUGCCAUACCCUACAACACUAACGCUACAACUAUUAACAACGCUAGCAGCACUGCUCUUCCGCUAACGCACAAUACGCUCAACAAUGCCAACGAACUGAAAUAUGCUGCACCUCGACCUUUGGAGACCAUCGAUGAAAAUUCUUGUCUACGCAACUAUGGCACACCAAAUGAUUUCUACAAUGGCAAUGAGGAACAACCACAUGUGCCAAUCGCGGUUGGUAAACCGAUGCUGGAAGCUGAUGGCAACAACACUUUGAAUCCCUUCAUUACCGCCUCACCUGUUGUGGCAGGUGGCGCCAUGCUACGCACAGUCGCCUCGCGUAAACGUAAUUAUGAUUGCAGUGAACUGAAUGAUAGUCCAGCCGUUAUAACGCCUGCUACGCCGACGCAUGUAAUCGCGCCACGUACGUUACCACCAAAAAAGUCCAAAUUACGCCGCACUUCGGUGCAAUCGAAUGAAAUCAAUGAAUAUGACGCCGGCAAUUGUCUUGGUAGUAAUAAUGCACAACAACAAAUGUUGGGUGGCAUUAAUACCGUCAUUGCCGCAGUGGAUCCGCUAAGUAUUGUCGAUAAUGCGGUGGUUGGUAUGGCGAAUGAAGAGCACACCAGUGGCCUGGUGAUCGAUGAGUCCGCCAUGGAUGUUGGUGGUAAUAACGGCGGUGUUGCGCUGCGUAUAAUGACGAGAAGACGUUCCGUCCGCCAACAGCAAAAUGGCAAUAUUGGUGGCGAUAGUAAUCAUUAGGGCGGGUGUGUAUGUAAUUCUAUUUACAUACAUACAUAUAUCAUGAAGAUAUAAAUGCAUAUAUUUUUAUUGCGACUUGAAAGUUAAAGUGAAAAAGCGAUACUAUAGUUUACCAUACGUUACUAUAGAAUAUGCAGAAUAUAAUGAUGCUAAGGGAAAUUAAACAAUAACUGUGUAAUAAAAAAUAAAUAAAACAAGUAAAAAAUUUAGUAACCUGCAGCAAAUAUAUUAAAAAUAAUUUGCAAACUUUAUUUAAAGAAAUAUUACGGCUACUAUAUUCAAAAAAAAAAAAUAAUAAAAAAAACAAUUUGACGCUCUAAUUAACUCGUAUGUGUUGCUGAAUAAUGUGUGCACUUUUUUCUAGCUUUUUUUUACCUUUCAAUAUGGUUUUUACAUAUUCAAUUAGAAGAAUUUUUGCAAAAUAUUAUUUUAUAUAACAAAUUUACUUUAGUUUAUGCAUUGUUUUAUUUACUUAGCUGUAAUAAAAAUAAAAAAGAAAAAAAUUAUUGAAAUUAACCGAUGAAGUCGUGUUGUGCUUUUGCUCUGCACUCUAUUUUGUUUCAAUUUGUCAUUAAAAGCAACAACAACAAGUAGAUACGAAUAUUUUGAUGUAUUUCAAAGUGUUGAGAUUUCUGUAGUGAGAUUAAGGCCUUGAUGUGGCAUUAGUUACAUUGAAUGUUUAAUAAAAAACACAAAAACAAAAAACAUGAGAAUAUAUAAACAUACAAAUAAUAUGUAUAAAUUAAGUUAAUAAAUAAUCAGGUUUAUCAAAAACAAUUGCUGAAUUUCAUUUGUGUGGAAGCUGCCGUCGAAACUCGCCCUUCAAGUAUUUCCGUUUGGCGCGUUGCUGCUGAGUGGCGAGAGAGUUUGCGCGUAAUUAGUUUUCAAAACCAAAUUGUGAAAAUUCAUAUUUUUUUAGCUGCAAGUAUUCAAUACAGUUAAAUUUCGAAAUUUUAUUUUUGAGCUUGAACUUUUUUGUCGCGAAACUUUUUGUAAUUAUACAUUUCCAAAGCAUAUGCUUAAAUUAUAAAAUUCUAAUCGCAACAACAAUAUAAUUAUUAAGCGUUACUCAGCACGUUUGUAAGUAGUUUCGAUUAAUCGAGCAUCGACUGGCAUAAUUUUUCAACUACAUGAGAUCUGCAGCAAAUUUGCAAGGAAAUUGGGAAUAUACGAAUAUAGUGUUAUAUCUUAAAGUUGCUUAAGUCGAUUUAACGCAUUUCAAGACAAAUUGAGUUAUUUUGUAGUUUAUCAUCAAUAAACGCUUAGAUGUGGUAUCUUGAAAGUAGGUAUUUUUUUACUGGAAAUAAAAGCACCUAUGUUAGAUAAAAUCGACUUCAACUACCUUAGCAUAUUGCUACAAACAUAUAAAUUUGAUGAGUUCAAGUAAUUAUUUGAAAAAUACUUCAUUAGUUGUUUGUUGAUAUAAUUAUUUUUAUUUCAUAAUUUUAUUAUUAUUUUUAUUUCAUUACUUUUUUUUAUUAUUAUUUUUUUCAUUACUUUUUAUUUUAGUGUUUGUUAAGUUUUUUUUUAUUUUGUUAGAGAAAAAUUAUUUUUGGUUUAAAAUGUGUUAAAGUUUAUUUUAUUUACAUAAAUGACAUUUUACAAAAAUACGGCUUACCAAUAAUAUAUAUUCAUAAUUUUAUAACUCAUAUACACAAAAUAUUUUUUAUACGUUUUUAUAUUAUUUCAGACCAAAUUUUUGUUUAAUAAUUUAAUUAUAAUUUUAUAUAUAAUUAAUUUUUGUGUAUUUGUUAUGUUUUCAAAUCGUUGUUGUCCGACUUUUAUAAUUUUCACAAUUAUUAUUAAAACAUUUGUUUACUAUAUUCUCUUUUUUGUUAUUUAAAACAUACUUUUAAUUUAAAUUUGUUAUUAAUUGUACCUCUUUUAAUUUUAAAUUCUUUAAAUUAUGCUUAUUAGUGAUUUCUUCUUUUUUAAUUUUAAUUGUGUUUUAAGCAUUUUAUCUACUAACUCAUUUCCAGCACACACAAAUAUACACAUAUAGAUAAUCUACCUUUGUAGUAGCAUUUUUAAAGAGCAAGUAAAUAUAAUUAAAAUAUCCUUAUUGUAAAUUUUAUAAAUGAAAUGAAAUCUGCAAUCUUCCAAACUGGUUUAAACCCGUAAAGGCACUUAUAUUUAACCACUCCAGCAACAAGUAAAAUUAAGCUUAAAAAUGAGUGUAAAAAAUACCAAUGAAAAAUAUCAAUAUUAAUAUAAAUAAAUAAAAAGUAAGACAAAAUUUACAAAACAUUUUUUAUUUAGGUUAUUAAGUGAUAUGUAAAAGGUUAAGCUUUUAAAUAAAAUAAGAAUUUUAAAUGAAAGAAAAUGCUUAAAAAUAAUUAUUAAAAAAAAUAAUAAAAAAUUAAUUAAAUACAAAUUUUGAAAAUCAUUAUAGAAUUAAAAUUUUACUUUUAAAUUAAUAUAAAUGCAAUUAAUUAAGCAAUUUAGCAUAUUUGCAAUGGACGCCUGGUUAUCUCACAAAUAUUAGUAAAAAAUAUAAAAAUAUAUAAAAUAAUUAAAAUUAAAAUAAUUAAAAUAAAAAAAAAUUAAGUACAUAUGUAUGUCUAAUUGUAAAUUACUAUAAUAUUAAUAAAAUUUAUAUAUAAUAUAAAUAGUUAUAUAACGCUGUAUAUAAGUAAAGAAAACACCAAAAUGCACUAGUAAGUAAGUAAUAAUAAAUAACUUAAAGCCUGUGUGAGUAAGAAUUUUAACAAAAAA